AUGAAUGAUAUCGACCCAAAGCAAUAUAAUGUUGCUUGUAAAUAUUUUAUGAAUGGAUAUUGUAAGAAUGGAAUCGAAUGCUCUUACUAUCACCCUCAACCAAACGAAUUCAUGAUAUACUAUAAUAUCUUGUUAAGAGAACAAUUAAUUUCAAAUCCUCCAAUGAUUCCUUAUUGUCAAGUCAUGCCACAACCUCCUGCCUAUUUUGUAAAUCAACAACAACUCACUUCCCCUAACUCUUAUCAUCACAAUACCAAUACUCAUCAUCAUCACCAUCAACAAAAAUAUGUUCCACCAAAUAUCAGUAUGUACAGUGAAGUGUUUGAAGAUGGUGACGAAGAGGUGUCAUUUUACCAACCUAAAGUUUGUACAUUUUAUUUGAGUGGAAAGGUUUGUACAUUUUAUUUGAAAUUCCUUAUAGUUUAA